GUAAGUUCAGAGGACGGUUUUGCCUGUCUACUGAUCUCACAUUUAAUUUAUUUAAUGAGAUUUAAGGUGCACAUUCAUGUAUAUGAAUAGGGUUUUAUCAGAAGUGUGUUAUUUUUAAGUUGAUCACCUCUCUUUAUCUAUCUCUUUCUCUCUAAUUUACACACAUUUGUCAAGGGUCAAAACAAUAUGAACACACAUUUGAAAGAUGAUUAAGAAUUUGGUGAAAGAUCGUUAGACUGUUAAUUUAUCUUGCUACCAUUAAUUAUAGGUAAGCCCUCAAAUUCAUCACCAUUAUGUACACAUUCAAGAAAAUCACCACCUUGACAAGAAAAUCUCACCCGAUUAAUCUUGACUGUAUUUUUUUAGGUCACAAAAAACACUCAUUUCUUGAUAUAAACGGUAGGAUAAAAAGUCCCCAACACAAAACAUUCUUGAUUUUCUUUUCUGGGUCCGCAAAUUUCUUCUAAACUUCCCUCUAGGACCAGUUUCUUGCCAUGAAAAUUCUCGACAAACAGACAAGUUGGUCAGAAUCCAUUUCAACAGUGAGACACAGAGUCUGCAACAACCUUAAGAGUGUUAUGAUGGAGUCAAUGGAAUCGUGUGUCCCACCUGGAUUUAGGUUUCAUCCAACGGAUGAGGAGCUUGUUGGGUAUUAUCUAAGAAAAAAAAUUGCAUCUCAAAAGAUUGAUCUUGAUGUUAUUAGAGAUAUCGAUCUUUACAGGAUUGAACCAUGGGAUCUACAAGAGAGAUGCCGGAUCGGAUACGAAGAGCAGAGUGAAUGGUAUUUCUUUAGCCAUAAAGAUAAGAAGUAUCCGACCGGAACGAGGACGAACAGAGCAACAAUGGCCGGGUUUUGGAAAGCCACCGGACGAGAUAAAGCAGUUUAUGACAAAUCAAAACUCAUUGGCAUGAGAAAAACACUAGUUUUCUACAAAGGAAGAGCUCCUAAUGGACAAAAAUCUGAUUGGAUCAUGCAUGAAUACAGACUCGAAUCCGACGAAAAUGGUCCUCCGCAGGAAGAAGGAUGGGUGGUUUGCAGGGCAUUCAAGAAGCGAAGUACUGGCCAAAACAAGAGCAUUGAAGCGUGGGAUUCAAGUUAUUUCUAUGAUGAACCAAGUGUUGUUAGUUCAGUUUUGGAUCCAAUUGAUUAUAUAUCAAGACAAUCUCAUCAGAAUUUCUUGGCACAAAAUUUCUUGUGUAAGCAAGAAAUAGAAGCAGACGCCUUAGGUUUUAUGCAUGCCGAUGAUAGCUUUGUACAGCUUCCUCAGUUGGAGAGUCCUUCACUUCCAUUAACAAAGAGGCCAAGCUCAGUAUCUUUGGUAUCAAACAAUAACAACAACAAUAAUAAUAAUAACAACGAAGAAGACGAUCAAGCUCGAGGAUGCAGCAGCAGCAACAAUAACUUGAACAGCAAGAAAGUAACUGAUUGGAGAGCCCUAGAUAAGUUUGUUGCGUCUCAACUGAGUCAUGAUCAAGUUUCAGAGUUUGGUGUGGAAGAAAAUGAUCCAGAUAUGGAAUUGUUGUUAUUGCAGAGUGCAGUUGAUAGAGAUGGUAUUGAAGAAGCAAACAAGUUUAGUGGAUUUUUAAGUACAAGUUCUGACUGUGAUAUUGGAAUUUGCAUAUUUGAAAAAUGAGGAGAGAAAAAAAGUUUUUACUUAAUUAUUUGUACUACUAUCUAUAAUGUUUGAGAUAUAAAAUAUUAAUAUACUCUUGUAAAAAAAUAUAAAUGGUUGUGCAUGAGUGGAAA